AUGCCAUCCGCCGACCAAGAUAUUCAACUUGAGAAAGGCUCUUCUCCUGGUUAUGGUGAUUCAUUUCCGGGAACAGAUACUCAGAAUGGCGCCAACAAAAUAUCUCCAAUCCACGACUCGGUAGUCAUCGUCGAUUGGGAUGGCGACGAUGAUCCCGAACGGCCACUGAACUGGACGUUGCGCAAGAAGGCUCCAAACAUUGUCAUGGUCGCCGUGAUGACAUUCUUGACGCCGCUGGCAUCGUCCAUGUUCGCCCCUGGAAUCACCGAAGUCAUGCAGGAUUUCCACUCCGGCAACACUGUUCUUGGAUCUUUCGUGGUUUCGAUCUACAUCCUGGGCUUUGGAUUCGGCCCCCCCGUCGUGGCACCGCUCUCUGAACUGUACGGUCGGCUUCCCGUAUACCGCCUGUGUAGCGUUCUCUUCGUGAUCUUCAUGGUCGCGUGCGCCCUGGCGAAAAACAUCGGCAUGCUCGUCGGCUUCCGUUUGCUAGCAGGCCUGGCGGGCAGUUGCCCAGUCACAAUUGGAGCGGGAACGAUCGCCGACUUGAUUUCGCCGGAAAGAAGAGGAGGCGUGAUGGCCAUUUGGGCCAUGGGUCCGCUGCUGGGUCCAGUCGUUGGACCUGUCGCAGGAGGUUUCUUCUCGCAGGCUGAAGGCUGGAGGUGGACAUUUUGGCUGCUUGCGAUAUUUGGUGGUGUGGUGACAGCGCUGUCGAUGUUCGUAAUGCGAGAAACCUAUCCGCCUAUCCUGCUUGAGCGAAAAGCAGCGAAGCUUCGAAAGGAGACAGGAAAUCCCGCAAUUCGGUCCGCCCUGGAUACUGGUCUUCCACCGACCGAACUUUUCGCUCGUUCCAUCGUACGCCCGCUCAAGCUGCUAUUCCGGUCCCCAAUCGUCUUCAUUUUGUCACUAUAUUCGGCGCUCAUCUACGGCGUCCUCUACCUCCUCUUCACUACCUUUCCUGCGACUUUCGAACUCCUGUAUGGCUUUUCUCCAGGAACGGUGGGACUCUCUUACCUCGGACUCGGAACUGGAUUCAUACUUGGUUUGCUCGGCUUUGGACUUGUAUCCGAUGCUUGGGUGAGACGCCUGGCGGCCGGUGGUCCUAGAAAGCCGGAGUAUCGCCUUCCUCCAUUGGUUCUCAGCGCUGCAUGCUUUCCAAUCGGUCUUUUCUGGUACGGAUGGGCGACACAAGAGCGAGUCCACUGGAUUGUCCCUAUCAUAGGCUCCUCCUUCGUGGGAAUUGGUCUGAUAUCAAGCUUUAUGUCCGUGAGCACCUACCUCGUGGAUGCGUUCACUGUCUACUCUGCUAGCGCGUCUGCUGCCAACACCAUCCUGCGUUCGUUGGGCGGCGCGUUUCUGCCCCUUGCUGGAAACCCCAUGUUCUCGAAGCUUCAGCUCGGCUGGGGCUGUUCACUGUUAGGAUUCAUCUCGCUUCUGUUCUGCCCUGCUGGUUUGCUUCUGUAUAUCUAUGGCGAAAGGAUUCGAACGAACCCGAGAUUCCAGCUCAAGUUGUAG